AUGGCCGCAAUAAAGCGAGACUUUGGAUCGCUAGAGACUAUGCAAGAAAAACUCCCUGACUUCCUUGUACGCUUCAAUGCGCUUACUGGAGAAGAAAUCCUU